UGACAUUCAUGGAUGUGGCCAUAGAAUUUUCUCUGGAGGAGUGGCAAUUCCUGGACACUGCACAGCAGAAUUUAUAUAGGGAUGUGAUGUUAGAGAACUACAGAAACCUGAUCUUCCUGGGUAUUGCUGUCUCUAAGCCAGAUUUAAUUACCUGUCUGGAGCAAGGAAAAGAGCCCUGGAAUAUGAAGAGACAUGAGAUGAUGGCCAAAGCCCCAGUUGUGUGUUCUCAUUUUGCCCAAGACCUAUGGCCAGAGCAGGGCAUAAAAGAUUCUUUCCAAAAAGUAAUACUGAAAAGAUAUGGAAAAUAUGGACAUGACAAUUUACAAUUAAGGAAAGGCUGUGAAAGUGUGGAUGAGUGUAAGAUGCACCAACGAGGUUAUGAUGAACUUAACCAAUGUUUGACAACAACCCCAAGCAAAAUAUUUCAGCAAAAUAUUAUCAAAAUAAUUGAUAAUUAUGUGAAAGUCUUUCAUAAAUUUUCAAGUUCAAAUAGCCAUAAGACAAGACAUACUGGAAAUAAUUCUUUCAAAUGUAAAGAAUGUGGCAAAUUAUUUAGCAUGCUUUCACACCUAACUCAACAUGAAAGACAUCAUACUAGUGUGAAUUGUUACAAAUGUGAAGAAUGUGGCAAAGCCUGCAACUGGUCCUCAGCCCUUAUUCGACAUAAGAGAAUUCAUACUGGAGAGAAACCCUACAAAUGUGAAGAAUGUGGCAAAACCUUUACUGUGUCCUCAAGCCUUAUUCAACAUAAGAGAAUUCAUACUGGAGAGAAACCCUACAAAUGUAAACAAUGUGGCAACGCCUUUACCGGGUCCUCAUACUUUGCUACACAUAAGAGACUUCAUACUGGAGAGAAACCCUACAAAUGUGAAGAAUGUGGCAAAGCCUUCAGCCAGUCCUCACACCUUACUAGACAUAAGGUAAUUCACACUGGAGAGAAACCCUACAAAUGUGAAGAAUGUGGCAAAGCCUUCAGCCAGUCCUCACACCUUACUAGACAUAAGGUAAUUCACACUGGAGAGAAACCCUACAAAUGUAAAGAAUGUGACAAAACUUUUAACCUCUCUGGACACCUUACUAUACAUAAGAGAAUUCAUACUGGAGAGAAACCCUACAAAUGUGAAGAAUGUGGCAAAGCCUUUAACCAAUCCUCAGCUCUUAAUACACAUAAGAUAAUUCAUACUGGAGAGACCUUAAAAUGUAAACCAUGUGGCAAAGGAUUUAGCCAAUCCUCAACCCUUCAACAUAUGAUAAUUCAUACUAAAAGGAAACCCUACAAAUAUGAAGAAUGUGGCAAAGCUUUUAACUAGUAUUCAACCCUUAGUAAACAUAAGAUAAUUCAUACUAGAGAAAAACCCUACAAAUGUGAAGAAUGUGGCAAAGACUUUAACAAGUCCUUAAUUUUUAACAGACAUAAUCUAAUUCAUACUAAAGAGGUACCAUAAAGCUUAAAGACAAUGCUUUUACCAAAUUUCAAACUUUUCUUAACAUAAAUAAUGCUGGUGAGAACUCCUAGAAAUAUGUUGUCUCACUUGAUUGUAGGUAAGAUACUUUAUACUGGAGGCAACUCCUACAAGUGUGAAGAAUGUGUCAAAACUUUUGACACCUUCUUAAUGCUCACACCUAAAGUGUGAUAAGCAAACUCUCUGGUUUGCUAAAUGCUCACACUUUUGCUCACACCUUAAUGUACAAGAAAUAAUUUACAUUUGAGACAAAUUAUACAAAUAUACAGAAUGUGACAAAGCUAUUAAUAUCUGCUCACAUCUUAACA